AUGGCUCCGCAAGACGACACUACAGGCAGCAUACUUGAACCAUACCCUGUCCCAUGCGAUCAAGAAGUAAAUAUGGGGUCUACCACAAAAUCCAUCGAGUUCCGCAACUUAACACUCUACCGAGCAAAUGGAACCUGCUCUCUUAUUCCUCACGCGAUUCUCCGUCACUACAAGAUCCCCUUCAUCGCAAUCGAACUAGAGUUCGGACCUAACGGACUCGAGAGAGUUGAUGGAAGCUCUAGCAAUGCUGAACAUCGAUCUCUCCACCCAAGAAUAUAUGUACCCGCUCUGCUUAUUGACAAAGAAUUCAUCACCGAGAUGCCGGCCGUUCUGAGCUUUAUAUCCUCACUUAUCCCAGAAGAGAACCUAUUUGGUAUAGGCCCCAUUCAACAAGCCAAGGUUUUGGAGUGGCUUGUAUUCCUGUCUGGUAGGCUGCACGGCCUUGGAUAUGGAGCUUGGCUGCGUCCUGGGAGGUUCAGCGAUGACGUUACUGCCCACGACAAGAUUCGUGCGAACGGAAGGGAUGUUAUACAUGAAUCCUUCAAGAGGAUAGAUGAGGGGCUGGAGAAUCGGGAUUUUAUUGUCGGAGAUGCUUUGACUGUCGUGGACUUUAAUGUCUACAUCUUUGCUCGAUGGGCGCAUGAGGUUGGGAUUGAUCUGGAGAAAGAGUACAGUCAUUACUAUGAGCAUGUCAGGAAGAUCGAGAGGAUGGAGGGUGUUAGGAAAGCUGUUGGAAGUGAGGAACUCGAGUUUGCAUUUCCUUGA